AUGUUGCUGCCGGACCAAACGUACGAGCAGGCGAGCCUGCGCCAGGAGCGCCAUCUACGACUGCCCGGCCCGCCGCACCCGGGCUGCGAUGAUGAAUUCGGUCGGCUGCUCGCGCUGAAGCAGACGAUCGCUGGUGACGUGCGUCGGAGUCUGGGUGUGGCGGCGGGUGACGCGGAGCACCUCUUCGGAGACACGCUGAGCGCGAAUAAUGAGAUGAAAUUCGGUGGUACCCCGGACGACGGUGCGGUCGGCAGUGGCGGCAGCAGCAGUGGGGUAGGGAGCUCCGGGACCGGAGGACGGGUCCGUUCGCAGACGCUCGAUGUGCGGUUGACGCCGGUGACGAAGGCCGGACCACGCACGGGAAAUGACACUUCGGUGUACCUGGACGUGGAGAGCAUCUGGAGUCGGCCUGCUUCAGUGAUGGCAAAUGGGCCAUCAGGACCUCGUUCGAACAGUCUGCAGAGGGCGCCACCCGUGCAGGAGGGCUCUGGUAGAACCGAUCAAGGCAUCGGUCUCGGGUCGGGGAGUUCUCCGUGUACGAGCUCUAGCUUGAGUUACGCCAGUUACUCGAGCGACGAUGCGGCCGAACCGGGCCGAGGAAACCGUCGAAGCAGACGCGCAGGAACGCAGGAAGCGAAACCAACCAUCACCUCACCAAAUAGGCAGCCCUCGGCGACGGGGACGACGACAGCGGCCACGAGUACAGUACCUGAGGCGGAACGUGACGAUUACGAGCGGACGUCGGACUUCUUCAACAACAUUCCCGAGUUCCAGGGGGAAGCCCUCGGCCCGUUCAGUAUCGCCAGCAAGGGAGCGGAACCGGACUGGGGCAGUAUCCGGACGAACGUGGACAUCCUGCGGGCCUGCGAGCUGUUCCUGAUGCGUCACCGGAUACGUCCCGAUUUCUUCUGCAAGUACAAAAAGGCCAUGAACAGUCCGUCCGCUUCGGCACCGGCCUCGUUUCCGUUGUCCCGCUCCCGGACGCCGAUCGCGGUGCGGAAGCCCAAAAGUGCCUCCCCAUCGAUGCAGAGGCCCGCCUCCCGGGCCCAAGGAUCGGCGCGCGCGGCUGGCCCCGAUCGGAGUCCACCGGCCGCGGCUGGCGGCGGGCCAAUCUACAGCGUGCCAAAUCGGGCCGGCAAAAAACGUCGCCCUAAUGCCGAUGCUUCUUCGUCGAACGAAGCCGUCCACCUGCAGCAGCGUCUGAAGAGCCUCAGCUCCGAGCUGGUGACGCUCCGGAACCGACUGCACACCAACGGUGGCCAACCGACGGGCGCUGGGAAUGGUCCGAAUGGUGGCGUCCCCGGAGUUGGAGGGGCCGGUGUCGUGUCGUCUACCGGAACGGCCACACAAAAUGGAACCCAGCACAGCACUCAGCCGGCCGUCAACCUCGCCAAUCACGGCCCGGGCCUACUGGCGUCGAAUCAGGUCAGCCCGUCGAACGGCAUCAACGUACUGCCCCAUCUUGCCAACGGAUGCGCCAACUCCACCGCCACCAAUAAUGCUAAGAACCACAUGCUGGUGACAGGCGGCGGCGCUGGCGGCCAAUGUUUGCCUUCGAACCCGGCCGCCAACAAUCUGCACGGAUCGUCGCAGCAUAAUGGCAACGUUUUGCCCGUCGUUUCGCCACGCAACACCUCCAUCCCGUACCCGCUGCCACAUCACAACUCCAGCAACGGCACCAUGCUGAUCGGAGAUACGAUACAGUGUGGCGGGACGCUUCCAAGGCGUACGGCGGCGGCGAUGGGUUUCGGGAGUGGCUCUGCCGGGGCCCACUACCCGGUGGGUCACGGUGGGCCGAUCGUAUCGUCGACCGGUGCCAACGGGGCACCGGUCGGAGCGGGAACCCUUCCCGGUGCUGGGCUCGGCGCACGAACGGACGGCGGAGGCACCGCCGCCACCGAGAUGGACGAUCUGAUCCAUCUGCCGGGUCCGCUGACCGAGGACGCCGUCAUGCGAACGCUGCACAACCGAUUCAACGAUGGGAAAUAUUUCACCAACGUGGGACCUAUCCUGUUGUCGGUCAAUCCGUAUCACGAUGUCGGUAAUCCGCUGACCCUGUCCUCCACCCGCUCGGUACCGCUCGCACCGCAACUACGCAAGAUCGUCCAGGAGGCCGUACGGCAGCAGGCGGAAACGGGCUACCCGCAGGCGAUCAUACUAUCCGGCACAUCCGGUUCGGGCAAGACACACUGUUCGAUGCUGCUACUGCGCCAGCUGUUUGCGGUGGCCGGCGGUGGACCGGAAACCGACGCGUUCAAGCAUCUGGCCGCGGCCUUCACCGUGCUCCGGUCGCUCGGAUCCGCCAAGACGGCCACCAACUCGGAGUCGAGUCGUAUCGGCCAGUUUAUCGAGGUACAGGUGACGGACGGGGCGCUUUACCGCACCAAGAUCCACUGCUACUUCCUCGACCAGACGCGCGUCAUUCGGCCACUGCCGAACGAGAAAAACUAUCACAUCUUCUACCAAAUGCUGGCCGGGCUGAACGCGGACGAGUGCGCCCGCCUCAACCUGGAGGGCUACUCGCCGGCCAACCUGCGGUACCUGCAGCACGGCGACAUCCGGCAGGACGAGCAGGAAGACGCGGCCCGCUUCCAGGCGUGGAAGGCGUGCCUCGGCAUCCUGGGCAUCCCGUUUCUGGACGUGGUGCGCGUCCUGGCGGCCGUGCUGCUGCUCGGGAACGUGCAGUUUGUCGACGGACAGGGUCUCGAAGUCGAGGUGGUCGGAGAAACGGAGCUCAACGCAGUGGCCAACCUGCUGGGUGUUCCGCCAGCCCAGCUGUUCCGCGGGCUCACGACACGCACGCACAAUGCCCGCGGCCAGCUGAUCAAGUCCGUGUGCGACGCGAACAUGUCCAACAUGACGCGCGAUUGCCUCGCCAAGGCACUUUACUGCCGAACGGUGGCGACGAUCGUCCGACGAGCCAACAGUCUGAAACGGCUCGGAUCGACACUCGGUACGCUCAGCUCCGACAGCAACGAGUCGGUGCACAACCAAGCGGAAGUGGCCAGCCAGCCAUCGGCCAUCGGCGGAAAUGCUGGUUCGAAAUCGAUGGCCGCUCUUAAUAAUGCUGUUCGACAUGCGACGGACGGAUUCAUUGGUAUUUUGGACAUGUUCGGAUUCGAAGAGCCACGCCCGGCGCAGCUCGAGCACCUGUGCAUCAAUUUGUGCGCCGAAACGAUGCAACACUUCUACAACACGCACAUCUUCAAGAGCUCGGUGGAAUCGUGCCGCGAAGAGGGCAUCAUCUGCGACACGGAGGUGGACUACGUCGACAACGUGCCGUGCAUCGAUCUGAUCUCGUCGCUGCGCACCGGUCUGCUCAGCAUGCUCGACGCCGAGUGUUCCGUGCGCGGAACUGCGGAGAGCUACGUGGCCAAGAUCAAGGUACAGCACCGCAACUCGGCACGGCUCGAGCAGCGCGCCCUGGAACCGUAUGAUCCGCGGCUCUUCGCCAUCCGCCAUUUUGCCGGCCGCGUCGAGUACGACACGACGGACUUCCUCGACACGAACCGUGACGUCGUGCCGGACGAUUUGGUGUCGGUGUUCUACAAGCACACGUGCAACUUUGGCUUCGCCACGCACCUCUUCGGCACGGAACUGAAGGCUCUGUACGCGCAGGAGAACGGCCCCCGGGGCCUUAGUUUCCGCAUCGCACCCACCUCCCACACGGAUCUGUUGAAUGGAGACGAACCGGUUUCGACGCUCACGCAAGACUUCCACACGCGGCUCGAUAAUCUGCUGCGGACACUGGUACACGCUCGGCCCCACUUUGUGCGCUGCAUCCGCAGCAACACCUCGGAGAAGGGCGGCAUGUUCGAUCGGGGCGCGGUAGUGCGGCAGAUCCGUGCCCUGCAGGUCCUCGAAACGGUCAACUUGAUGGCCAGCGGCUUCCCGCACAGGAUGCGCUUCAAACAGUUCACGGCCCGGUACCGGAUGUUGGCCCCGUUCCGGCUACUGCGCCGCUGCGAGGAGAAGGCCCUCGAAGACUGCAAGGUGAUACUGGACUUUGCGCUCGAGAACCCGCCCGAGUUGGACGGGUCGGUCACGCUGUCGUGGGCACCGGGCAAGCGGCACAUCUUCCUGAGCGAAGGCAUCCGUCAGCACCUGGAGCGGUUGCGCACGGAGGUGCGCAUGAAGAGCGCCACGCUGAUACAGGCCACGUGGCGCGGCUGGAAUCUGCGCAAGCGGCUCGGGACGAUCCGUCGGACGCACGACAUUCAGCUGAUGGGUGGUGGGGCGCACCUUUCGGUCAACAAAACUUCCGGUACGGGCACGGCGCGAACCCUGUACCCGAGAGAUGAAAUGCUCACCUGAUGUCUCUUUUCGUACCCCUCCCUGAUAGGCACGCGGACGAGUAAUGUGACGCACGGUGGUAACGCAACGAACACAGGGACGGCCACACGCCCGAGACCGCAACCGAUCGCCGGAACACCGCCGCCGGAUCCGAACGAAAAGUGCGACUCGAAGAUUAUCGCCCAAACCUGUACACUGUUCGGGUUGGACUUGGAGCGACCUCCACCGGUUCCGCCGUCCCGUUCGUACACCGUGACCGGCAACUCGAAGCUCGGCUAUCCGCAGACGCGCCUCAUGAAGAUGAACUUCCCGGAAGAUCCGGCCGCCGUUGGGCUCGGUGAGCAGCUGCGCAAAGGCGAAGCCGUCACGGUGACCGGGGCCUCGCACCGUCGCGGCCACCUAAUCGUCGAGCACAAUGGCAUCAGUCUGCACGUCCCGUUCCAGUACAUGGAGCUCGUCAAAACGGUGGUACCGGGAACGACACCGGCCGCCCCACCGUCGUCCGGGGGCGUCGCAGCACCACCACCACCCACGGCCACCGCCGUCAACAUUUGA